AUGGAAACACGCGAGCAACCACCGCAAGAGAUCAAAGUCUCGAUAGUCAAGCCCAGGGAAGCGGCUUCUGACAAGCGCCAUGGCAAGCAAAGCAGUCAUGUAUCAUUUUUGAAGUUUUCCUUUCCUGUCACCAAAGGUUUGACUUUGUGUCAUUUGCUGCGUAAAACCCGACGUCAGAUGCACAAUAAUCUCUACACCAAGCAGAUCCUAGGUCCUUCCAAGAACCUGUGUCUCUUCAAGCCCAGCCGAUUCUUACAACAAACGCUGCCCAUCACGACCGAACAUGUCGGCGAAGAAGGAGCCUUCGAAUUGGCGGGAAUCCAAAAGAAUGAUACCAUUAUGCUGCUUCGCAACAUGGAAAAUAACGACAACGACCUUGGCAUGUUUACCUUGGCUCGAUUGAAAGGAGAACGCGACCGCGAAAAUGCAGCUGAGACCCAUCCGGACAAGCGUACUAUUGAAUACGUAUCCCGCCCAUUAACACCCUACAACAUUCUUAGAGGAAUUGACCUUGUGACGUGCCCCGCAAUCUUGGCAGUUCGUUUGGAGGCUUCCAACGACCAGACCAUUGUCUUUGUUCUGAUGGGUCAAAUGGAUGCCUACAAAGAAUACACUGGGGAAAAGAACCAGGAGAAUACCACUACUGGCGACGAAGAGGGUGAUCAACCAAACCAAGGCGAGAUCAUUGUCCCGCUGGGCGAUGAUUACCUCCUGACGCUAGUUUCUGCGAUGAAAGAGUCAUGCCCCAAUCUCUGGGAAGAAGAGAACAAGGGUACCUUGGAGCUGCGCUCCUCCAAUGGCGACUGCUUUCAUAUCCGUCGCGACGACGAUGGCUGGAAGGAGAAAUGCAAGGGUGUCAACUUAUCCGACAUUAACUUGUCGGGGCCAGUUCUGACAUGUACUCUGCCAAAAGGAUUCCCGCUGUACAUCAAGACUCUGGUGGGUAAGACAUUCACUCUGCGAGUCCACUCAUCUUACACCGUUGGCAACAUCAAGACCAAGAUCAAGGAAGUAGAGUGGGUCCCUGAAGAUCAGCAGCGUCUCUACUUUGCUGGAAAGGUGUUGGACGAUGGCCGAACCUUGAGCGACUACAAUAUCCAACCCAACAGUACCGUACAUCUGGUCCUGAGACUUCGAGGUGGUAUGUUUCACGAUUCUUCGGGUCGCAACGACUUUGAAGAAUUGGAGGGCGCCGCAGAUCCCUUUCCGGUUCGUUUCCUCUUGCCCAAUACUAGCAAACGCACGGUGAUCUAUGUGAAACCCAGCUGCACCACGGAGAAACUCCUCCGUGUCUUGGCUCGAAGAUACAAGCAUCUUUUGUUGCCACCUGGUAGCAAUGUCAACUUUGGUGAGGAGGAGCAGGAGGAGGAGGAGAAUCCAGAGGUACUGUUUUCUGUGCCUACCUCCAGCCAAAAGAAACCUCCGCUGGGACGGUGUGCUAGCCUCUUGGCCGAUUUGCGGGCUGCUGGGCCCGUUGUCCCUCCUCAGGGUGGUAACGCUUCUAGUGACGACGCCGACGAGAACGACGACGACGACGAUACUGAGUCUAUACCUGAAAUGAUGAAAAAGAGACAGCAACGUGAAAGGAUGAAAAAGAGAAAGGAGAUGCACGAACGUUCUUUUCGGGAGCGGAUGAAAAAAGAGAAAAAGAAAUCCAAAAAGAAGCGUCGCCGAUGA